AAAAAUCUCACCCCGCUUAUGCUCUCAGACGCCUCACUGAUGUUUUUAUGUAUAGUAGUAUGUAGACGCAUAAAAGGAUAGCAAGAAAAGCGAAACAAGGAUAAUUUUGACGUCUUUUUAGGAAAAAAGUGUUGUGCAAGUCUGAAUUAAGAAAAAUGGAAAUUGAAGCUGAUUCUCAAAAGUGUGUACUCGAUCUAUCGAAAAAAUGUUUGAAAAAGAUUCCGAAAACAGACGACGCCCAGCAGUACAAAGUGUUGAUCCUGGACGACAACGAGUUGCAAAAAAUUGACAAUAUCGAUUCUUAUCUUAAAAUUGAAAAGUUGUCUCUGUGCAAAAAUCAACUACUGCGGAUGUAUGGCGUUUGUCGACUGCACUGUCUGCGGGAAUUGAACCUCUCCUAUAACGGCAUUCUCACGAUUGAGGGUUUAAAGGAUUUGAAUCAAUUGACACAUUUGAAUCUCGAAGGAAAUAAUAUCAAAACGAUUGAACAUUUGAACACUAACACAAAUCUGGAAUUUCUCAACCUUUCGGAAAAUAGCAUUGCAAUAAUCUCAGAUAUUUCGUUUUUGAAGAAUUUAAAGGAACUUUACAUGAAUGGCAACCGAGUAGCUCAUUUGAGGCAAUGCGACAAAUAUUUACCCCAGUCGCUAGAAACAUUAACUCUGUCGAAGAACAAUAUUUCAGACUUGAACGAAAUUUGCACGUUGAGUCAUUUAAACAAUCUCAAUAGUGUUACCAUAGCGGAUAACCCGUGUGUUCAGAUGACAGGAAACUCGAUUGGUUUCGAUUAUCGCCCUUUCGUGCUAAAUUGGUGCAUGAGCGUAAAGAUGAUCGAUGGAUUUGUGGUGACAGCGAUCGAAAGCUUAAAAGCCGAAUGGUUAUACAGUCAAGGACGGGGCCGUCAGUUUCGAAUUGGAGACCAAAUGGCGUUAGCUAGAUAUCUAAGUACGGUUUGUCCGUUGUCUGGGGAAGCAUUGGAAAACGAAAACGAACGAAAGUUACGAUUGAUUUUGAGUAAAGCUCAACAGCACCAGCGUCAACUGCAGGAACAAAAUUCAAGCGGUGGUGAUGGGUCUGUGACUCCGGUGAAUAACUCACCAUCUUCUCUAAGACGAAAAGGUCAAACGAGUAGAAUUCAGUCACCCAGAGUUACUCGUUUGAGCGGAAGACAAAACUCUCCAGAUACUAUGUCCAACAGUUAUCAUGGGAAUACUUCCAGUAAUUUGAUGACUUCCAGCCAAAUCGAUAACUCUGGCAAUAGUCAGUUGUUUGAGCUUACCAAAUCAUUAAUUGAUAACAUAACUUCCGAUAACAUCAUGUCCCAGAGUUUGGAUCCAAAUAUGUUAAAUAGUAGCGGUACAGGAAACAAUCUAAUAAAUGCAUCGAUGCACGAAAGCAUUAUUUUGUCAAAGCAGUCCAACGCUGGCGGAGCAAAUUUAUACAACGAUCAACCGCCAGCGACUCCAGUAAUCAUGGGAGGGCCACUUGCUGCCGCUUCAAAAAUGGUACCGGUACCGGAAUCGUUGAUGAGUCCUGAUUGUGGACCGACUACUUCACCGGCCACGAUUGUACAGCGCAAUCUGCAACAUUGCACUAGUCAACCACACCCUCAAACACCUCAGAUCCCUAAGGCUAUUAAAACCAAAGAUAACUCUCGAGCCGCGGGAACUCCAAUGAGUACCGGAAAAACAUCAAGCCCACGGCCGACAAAGCGCAGUACUUCGACAAACAAUAGCACCAGCAACAGUGUCAGUAGCGAGCGUUCAUCUCCAUCGCUGUCUCCUCGCAAAACAAUGAUCAACAUAAGUAACAACCAUUCGCGAACCCUAUCGGCCCAAUCAAAGCCUUCGGCGCAUGCCACACCCCCAGAUGGAGGUUCUAGCAACGCUGUCAGUUCGGAUGAAGAUAGUGAAGCAAUCAAUAUUGAUAAGUUGAAAACUAUACGUAAUAAGGUGGCUCAGCAGACUGGUCAUGUUCUUGCCAAAGCUAAGGAGAAGGUCAGCGUAGAUGGUGCGGCUAGUAUCAACAACAAAACCACCGAAAAUUCCGCAAUACUGAUUCAAAAAAUAUGGCGAGGUUAUCGGACACGGAAACGUGGUCAAAGUAUAGCCGAAGUUUUACAGAAAAAACGGACUCAGGAUUACAUUUUGAAACUCACCAAGGAUAUGGAAAUGACGAAGACGGCAUUGGAGAACGAACGUAAGAUACAACAGUUGCAAAUGCAGGCCAUCAAUGCUCUCUGGAAGAAAGUUUCCGCAAUGCAGCCAACUCAGUCCGCAAAUGGCACGACCGAUACAAUGAAACUUGAUGUGAUCAACAAUGAAAAUAGUUCUGUUUUAGUGGUUCAAGAUCUUACAAAGACGUGUUCAAUGUUGAUGAAUCAAGUGCAACAGUUGCAAACUUCGGUUCGAGAUAUCGUAAAUUGCAUGCAGUUCUUUGCCAACUUACCACAAGGGAGCACUACUUUGUCAUCAACGGUUUUAGAUGCCACUGAGAAUUCCAAAGGUAGCUGUGAAACACAAACCGAAAUAGUGGCGGUUCACACUCCGCAGGUGGAACAGUUGCCUGCAUUUCCUUUUAAAUCGUCAUCGAGCAAACUGACUCGGCCAUCAUCACUGCCAAUCAGUUCUUCAGAGACUUCACCAAAGAUCACCUCGCAGGAUGGCAAACCUAUUAUCGAGGAAGAAGAGUUAGACCCAAAGGAGGCAGAAACAGGGGAAGAGGUUGUGGUGGAAAUUGAAGCCGAUCCCGGAGAUACAGAGGAGAACGACGAUGGUGAGCAGAAGGAACAGGACGAGAGGGAGCUGGAAAUUAAAAGUGAUGUACUAGUGGCAACGAAUUAACUAUACUGUGGUUGUAGAUCUAGUUAUUUGUAGAGACGCUGUAUAUUUUUUAUGAAUGCCUUUAUAAGUUUUAACUCAGUUCAAAUUACUAUUUUUGUUAAUUAAUUUUAAGUGUAGAAAUGUUACUCGCACUGAUAUUCAGUUUGCAUUAUCCCUACAAGAGGAUGAUAAAAUGUACAUUCCACCAUGAAUCACAAUAUGACAACUUCCAUUUAUUUUAAAAGGUAACAUUCACAGAAGGAUUUGCCUCCUUUUACUUUUGUUUGGAUUUCAUUCUGCCAUUGCUCUUAUUCAUUAUGGUGCGAGCAGAAUAUAUUGUAACACGUGUUUUUCGCAUCAUUUUAACCCUUAACGCGCAAGACCUUUUUGAAAUUUACUGUUUCAAUAUUUAAUUAUUUAAUGGUUAUUUGAGAUAUUUUUAUUCGACGUUACGCAUGAAGAAUUAACGAUUGAUCAAUCACCUUUCAAAAAUAUGUUUCAACUAUGGCUAAGCCUUUAUCACAUACAUGGCUCAAUGUUAGAUUCAUUUCAAUUAGGUUGACGAGAAAGACCAUUUUUCGACAUUUGGCGCACGAAUAAAAGUCUGAUCGAUACUAGGGUUGAUGCGACUAUGUUUGUCUUACGAAUUCAGUUGAGUUAUUGCAGUAUAAUCAUUUAUUUGAAGAUUUUUAUCAUUUUGUUUUCUAGUAUACAAACAAGCAUUGAGAAGAUUUCUAUCUAUUUGUUAAUGCACUGCGCGCCAUAUUUUAAAGUGCAAAUUGUAGACAUUUAAAAAUAUUUUCAUGUAGAUCGUAGAUUUCAAAUGAAAAACACGUUUUACUAGGAUAAUGGAAGUUUUACCUGUAACAGUAAUAGAUGGGAAUUUCAUACUCUGCGCAAUUUAUUACAUUCCCGAAUAGCUUUGAUGUAGGUAAUUCACAGGAAAAAAGUGCUCUCUAUCUCUCUGGUCUUUAAGAAGCAGUUAUUUGCUAGAAGUAAGACAGAUCAUUAAAUAAACAAAACAAGGAAAUGCUUUAGCAGCUGUUCCAAUUGUGUACUAUGGCAAACCAAAGAACAGAAAAAUACACUUACUAUGAAGCAAACAAGAACAGCUCAGCUUACAUUUUAAUGUUAUCGAAAAAAUACUACAACAAAACAAGCCAAACAUAAAACCUGCAGCUUUUUAAUUAUUUAUUAUAACGGAUUCAAACACUACGUGACUGUAUAAAACCACUGAGAAAUAAAACGGCUAGGUAACUACAAUUUCUUGAUCUCUGUGCAAGAAAUAUAUUUCUUAUAUUAAAGCCAACUGAUUUA